AUGUACUUCGUCAUUGAGGAAUGGAAAAAUGUCAUUAUAAAGCCAAGUCAGCUAGGGCCCCGGUAUCAGCAGUUUAUCGAAGACAUGCUUAGAAACAGUGUUGAAGGUCAGUGUAAUGCCAAAUAUGGAUACAUAAUUUGUGUUAUCCGAAUAAUUCAUUGUGAACCUGGGCGUGUGCAGGAUGGGACAAGCAUGAUUGUUGUAAAGGUCAAAUAUCAGGCUAUUGUUUUCAAGCCCUUCAAAGAUGAGGUACUAGAUGCUGUCGUAACGGAUGUAAACAAAUUAGGGUUCUUUGCCCAAGCGGGUCCACUUAAAAUAUUUAUAUCAAGAACAGCCAUCCCUAAGUAUUUUGAAUAUUCAGAAGAUUCUCAUUAUCCCUGUUUUACCUCAGGGGUGUAUAAUAUAAAACCACAGACCACGGUGCGGAUAAAGUUGCAAGGUAUACGUUAUGAUUUAUCAAACAUGUUUGCAAUCGCAACCAUUAACAGUGAAUACCUUGGGUGCAUAGAAUCGAAUACAUUGCAAGUUAUGUGA